UCUAAUAGCCACCAACUAUCACCACUUUGAAAUGUCUAUCCAAGAAACAUCACUUCCUGUGGAUUCUCAGGUUAUUGUUGCUUUUGCAAAUGAAAUUGAUCAUUUUCAAGUAUUUAUUAACAAUAAAAAUAGUUCCACAAACCCCCAAUCUGGUCUUGACCAGCUUAACCUCUCCUCAUAUAACAAUCCUUUCACUUUAAUUAAAAAUUUCAAAUCUAUUUCAUCUCAAAAAGCUUUAUCAUUAAUUCCCUCUUUGGAUUGCGAGUUGGAUUUAAUUUUUAACCAGUCAAACUUGCUUAAAAGUGAAAAUGAUCCAAAUUACAAAAAUUUUGAAAAUUGGGAUCUAGAAACCAAAUUUUGGCAUCUAUUAGAUGUAUUAAUUUCUUUCAGGAUCUCAGAAGAAGGCUCAAAUCCAACCACUAAUAAUUUGAACAGCGGGCAUAGUCCUUUAUUGGAUUCUAAUUAUAAAAACAUUAAGGAAAUUUGGUUGAUUAUACUAUGGCUACAAUCAAAUUUUCCUAACAUUUCUGCUUCUCUGAAACCAAAAAUUCAAAAUUCAAAAUGGCUAAAUACCAAAUUAUCAAUACAGGAAGCUAAUAUCGUUUCAUUCACAAAUACAAAAAACAAAAUUUCUUCAACGAAUAAAUUAUUGUUAUAUAAUAACAAAAAAAAAAAUUCUACUUUGAUUGAUAACUAUGUUUCUAACUUAGAUCCAGACUCCAUUUUUAUUCAAUAUCCUAAAACAAUUCAUUCUUUAGAUUUUCAAUCUGAUGAGGCUCAGUUCAAAUAUAUUUACAGUAUGAUUCUAUCUAAAAACUACCCUCAAGCCUUAGAAUAUUGUAAGGAAACAAAUAAUUGGAAUCUUUAUCUUAUACUAUCUGGAUAUAAUAAACAGUUUCAACAUUCAGAAGAUUUUAUUCAGGUUAACGCCUUAAAAUUUUGGAGAGAUGCUGUAUCUCAACUUUCAAUUCAACCAAACUUGUCCAUUUACGAAAAAGCUAUUUACAGUUAUUUAUCUGGUACAAAUUUGCAAAACAAUUUGGAAAUUUCUAAUAGCUGGGAAAAUCAUUUUUUGAUUUUUUCAAAUUUUUUGUUCACCAAAAUUUUAAACGAAAGCCACCAAAAUGGUUUUAAUUUCAUUCAAUCUAAAAUUGAUAAUAAAAAUAGAUAUCAAGAUAAAAAUUAUGAAGAUAGCAACUACAAUACGAGAAAUAUUGAUACUAUUGAAGAUAUUUUAAAUAUUUUGUCUUUAGAUAAAAGUAAUGCGAUUAUUAAAAAACAAAGUCAGCAUAGUUUAAGAACACUUAUUGGUUCAAUUAUUUCCAAUAAAAUUAAUAAGUUAAUUGAGUCUUUUAUUUCCCAGCAAUCGCUAAAUGCGAUAAAUUUAGUUGAUAAUUCUACAGAGAAUAAAUAUGAAGAUGAAACAUUAAUACCCUAUCCAGUUUAUGAAAAUAGUGAUAUUGAUAAUGCUAAUGAUUUUGAACAAGAUAACAUAUUGAGGAUUUUAACGCAUUUAUCAAUUAGUUUAAAAAUCAUUGAUGAUAAUUUAGUAUCAGAUUUAAAUUUGAAUUCAUUGAUACUUUUGUAUCUUAAUUAUUUAUUUGAUUGGAAGUUUUUCAAUUUAAUUCCCAAUUAUAUUAAUUUUAUAACGAUAAACAAACUUAAAAUCCAGGCAUUUUUAUUUUAUUUGUCGAAAAUUUUUAAUAUAGAAAACAAGAAAAAAGUGAUUUCAAUUUCGGGUCGUUUUUUGAAAAUUGAUGAAUUCAAUACGAUCAUUAAGGAAACAGUUAAUAGGGCAUUUUCAAAAACAUCAAAGUAUUAUGAUUUAUCUUUGGAUAUUAAUAAAGUAAGCAUUAGUUUUGAUGUCACAUUAUUUGAUAGAAAUGUGUGCCGAAAUGUUGAAUGGUUAAUUUUAAAUGACAUGAAUAUUGACGGAGUUGAAGCCAUUGCAGGGCUAUUUAGAAGACUUUUCCUAGCCGGAAGAUUGGGAUCAUUGAAGGAAUUUUAUCGUCGUCAUGAUUUUAAAAAAAUCAUUAAAAAAGCAGAUUCAGAAUUUGUGGUUAAUAAAAUGACAAGCCAGAAUAGGUUUAAACAAUUUUCUUUGGUUAAACUUGAAUUAUUGGAGUACAUUAAUUUUUUUUCAAAAUCAAUUGAAGUUUUUGACAAAUAUAAAGAAUUUUUAAGCGAACAUGAUUUGGUUCCAAAUGAAGACUCGAGAUCAUGGCAUUCAUUUGAAGUGAAUAGUUACCUCAAUUCAGAGAUAAUUAAACCUUUAAAAAGGUUGAUAGACUCAUUUUUAAUUGAGUUAACUAGAGAUCGAAGAAAAGAAAUUGAUGAUGAUACUUUAAAGACAUUAGAAAACAUUAGGGCGUUAUAUAUCCCCUUUUUGAUUAUAAACUUGCAUGAAAUCCUAAUCAAUUCAAGAUUUGGUGGAUAUGGCAAAGAGUUUUUAACAAAGGCUCUUUCUUUGGCUGUUCAGGUUGCAGAUGGAAACAACAAACUUUACGAGCACUUUAGAAAAGGCAACAAAUUAAGGCAGUAUUUAAAAAUGGUGGCACAUGCAGCUGCUUUAGCUAGCAAAUAUGGCGAACAGGGCCUCUACACCGUCUUGCAAUAAGCUGUUCUUGGGGUCCAUGGCCAUUUCCAACUAUAUAAGACUAUAUACAGACUUUGUACAGUUUAGUAAAAGCUCCCAAACGUGCUGUUCGUUGUGUUGUAUUUUGUAGCUGUUUUCCAGACCAGGUCUGGCUUUGUGGC